UUAUUAUAGAAAGAAAACUGGAAUGGGAAGAAAGAGUUUGGAUUCUAGUUCUGGAAAAUUCUCUGUAUGACUGGAAAAAAAAAUUAUUUCCCUUCAUUAAGAUUCAGUUCCCUUCUCUAAAUCAUUAUGAUUAGAUUAUCUUUUAGGUUCUUUCCAGAUUGAAAUAUGAUGAUUGUAUGUAGUUUAAUAAGCUCGAGAUUGGCAAUGUAUGUGUCCUGAGUUGAUUUUCAUGGAUAUACAGAAAGGUUGUUUUUGCUUCCUCCUUACUCACUACUUAAUAGGUAAUGACAGAGCACUAGUAGUGAAUACUCUCUUCCUAUUAACAAGCUGGUUGGUAAGGACCACACAUCCUUUCCAUCUCUUAAUGCCUUUCUAAAUUCAUCUUUUGCCAGAAAAUUCUUUUAACACACCAUUUUUAAAAGGUUCUUAAUCCUUGCCUUUGUUUUUUUUUUUUUUUGUUGUUUUUUUUUUGCCUUGGAGUUUAUUGUUGUACUAGCCUUUGAGGAAAUCACUUUUUUUUACUGGGAUGACUUGAUUCUUUUUCCUUAAUCUAUAAAAGUCGAGAUACACCUGGAGAGUGACUGUCUUUGAAAUAAAGCUCAAAAUCUUUGGAAAAUUUAGAUUUCUGAGAAAGCCAAUUUAUGAUUUCCCAUUCUGGCAAGUGUCAAAUGAAGGGAUUCUGCCCAAUUCCUUAUAAUGAUCAGAGGGGAACAAUAAUAAUAAUGCCCAUGCUGUAUAGUGAAACGAACACUGUAUUUGGAUUUAGAGACAUCGUUUAGAAUCUUUUCCUUACUAUUUACUAGAUAAUGUUGCGUGAGUUAUUUCAUCUCUCAGGGUUUAAGUUUUCUCAUUUGAUAAGUGGAGAGGGAAUGGUCUCAGAUGAUCUCAGAAAUGCUUUAGCUUCCUUGACACAAGGCCAUGGUAACACCCCAACUUUUAGCAAAAGGAGAGUAAAAUGUGAUUGGUCACUCCUGCCUGCCUUUGGGGAAGCCUGUCUGUCAUUGCCCACAGAGAAAGAGAAAAACCACACUAUUCUUUUCAGUGCAUGGUCUUCCUGAAUAGAGGUAAGACAGAGAGUCGAAGAAUAAAAAGAUCAAUCUCUUCUUAUCCAGGAAGAGAAGAAUGAAACAAGGCCUUGAAGCAUUGUCAACUUCAUCAACUCACUGACUCAUAUGUCAGUAUCCAGGCCUGAUCAGUUCUGCUUGAACUUGGAGAAGCCUGGAAUGGUUCCCCCUCAGCCUGUGGAAGAGAAUCAGACUUCCUUAUUGCCACCUGGCUGGCAAAGCUACCUGUCUCCUCAGGGCCACCGAUACUAUGUCAACACAGUCACCAAUGAGACUACAUGGGAGCGGCCCAACGGUUCUUCUCGGACCCCAUCAAGCCCUGGCCCUCAGAGGAACUUUCAGCCUACAGCAGUGAACGGCUACCACUCAUCAGGGACCCCAGUGCAUCAGUCAGAACCUGUCCACAUGAGUCUCCGAAAACCCAUUGGUGAUUUCCAGAACCCAGGAUCUCCAUCUCCAGGAAAGAAACAGAACAAGGAAAGCACCAUCACAAUAAAUUGUGUGACUUUCCCACAUCCUGACACAAUGCCAGAGCAGCAGCUGUUGAAGCCCACUGAAUGGAGCUACUGUGAUUAUUUCUGGGCUGAUAAGAAGGAUCCCCAAGGCAAUGGCACAAUGGCUGGGUUUGAGAUUCUUCUUCAAAAGCAACUGAAAGGCAAACAGAUGCAGAAGGAAAUGUCAGAAUUCAUUAGGGAAAGAAUUAAGAUUGAAGAAGAAUAUGCCAAGAAUUUAGCCAAGCUCUCUCAGAAUUCCUUGGCAGCCCAAGAAGAAGGUUCCCUAGGAGAAGCCUGGGCCCAAGUAAAGAAAAGUCUGGCUGAUGAAGCUGAAGUUCAUCUCAAGUUCUCUUCCAAGCUCCACAGUGAAGUGGAAAAGCCCCUGAUGAAUUUCCGUGAAAAUUUCAAGAAAGACAUGAAGAAAUGUGAUCAUCAUAUUGCUGAUCUGCGGAAACAAUUGGCCAGUCGAUAUGCCUCAGUGGAGAAGGCACGGAAGGCCCUUACGGAGAGGCAGAGAGACCUGGAGAUGAAAACUCAGCAACUGGAAAUCAAACUUAGCAACAAAACUGAAGAGGACAUUAAAAAAGCCAGACGGAAGUCUACACAGGCUGGAGAUGAUCUGAUGCGCUGUGUGGAUCUCUACAAUCAGGCCCAGUCUAAGUGGUUUGAAGAGAUGGUGACAACUACUUUGGAACUCGAGAGACUGGAGGUAGAACGGGUAGAGAUGAUUCGGCAACAUCUGUGCCAAUAUACACAGCUGCGGCAUGAAACCGAUAUGUUCAACCAAAGUACAGUAGAACCUGUGGAUCAACUCCUGAGGAAGGUGGAUCCUGCUAAAGACAGGGAGCUGUGGGUAAAAGAACAUAAAACCGGAGAUAUCCGACCUGUAGAUAUGGAAAUCUAGACUGCUUGAGUCAUUCCUCGAAUGGGUUUAUUGUUGGGAUUUGGGGAUCCUAACAAUAGAAGGGUCCCUCUCUUUGGGGCCCAUUGUCAUGCUGGGAAGAAUCUGUGCUGCCAUCCUACCCACUGUCCUGUUUGGUGAGGUAGUUGGAGUGUCUCCAUUCCCCACCCCACUCAGAAGACAGACUUAUACACCCUUGUCUUUGUUACCAUCAUCACUAAAACCCCCAACUCCCCAUUCCAUGCCAUUCUGAGAGACUUCACUUUCUGGAGUAUGGUAGUACUCUGUUUAUACUCAUGUGACAUACUUAAAGACCUAACUGUAUAAUAUGCUUGUGAUUUUUGAGGUGUCACCUCAAGGUGACAGGGCCUAAACCUCAGUAAACCCAAGGGCUCCCCCUCUAUGGAGUUUAAUGGCUAGGGGAGGCUAUUAACUCCUUUUUCCAAAAUGAACACUCAAAUGUAGGUUGGGGUUCUGGGGAGAUAGUCUCAUAAUUAGAACAUCCCUUCUAUGUCUAUCCAAGUCCUUUAUGAUCUGUCUGGUUCUGGGAGUCUUCCCCAUUGACAUCUUCUGUAACAUUACAUCAUAGAAUUAUCUCCUGAGGCCUAAGAAGGAAUUAUUACAAAAACAGACUCUGCCCUUCUUUAAAAACAUACAGUGAUAAUGGUGGAACUACCUCAUUAGGCAAACUAGCCCCCAAUUUUGAGCGUUCAACUUUCCCUUCUCAUUUGCCACAAAUGUUUUCGUUUUUAUUUUCUUUCUGCAUGGACCAUACUUCUCAAUUCUUGGACCUAUAUCCUCAUGCUGUACUGUUUUGGGAAAUAUCAAGUCAACAAUCAAAGCCAGGGUUUCUUUUGUUUGUUUGUUUUUGUUUUUGAGUUGCAGAUUGCCCAGUCUCACCAUAUGUAUUGUGGAAGGCCUUAGUGUCUCAUUCUGCUCAUUUCAGUAGUUUGGGAGCAAAACUUAGGAGCAGGUUAUGAAUUACCUGCAUCCUUCCUCCUCACUCCAUCAUUCAUGUUUACUUUUCUCAUCUAGUAACUGUCCUCUCUGUUUAUAUCAUAGUGAUUGAGUUUUUUGAGGCAUGGAUAUUGAUUUACGAAGUGAUAGUAUGAUUCCUAUAUUUAAAAGCUCCUUCUCCUAUUCAAUCCUGUGCCAUCUUACUAGGUACUAGUUGCAAUUUUCCAAUCCAGAUCUUUGAUAACAAUAUCCUUAGAAGUUUUCUGUCAUUGUUUCUCACCUGUGGAAUCUGCUCCAAACCCUAUUGAUUUCUUUAAUAGAGGACAUGGCUCUUGAUUCUAACUCUGACUUUCCCCUUCUUUAUGACUGCUUCUUCUCAUCCCUUCCACAUUAAUUGGCACUAUACAAAGAUUGUUUUUUCCUCUUUUCAGCUGUUAUUCAUUUUUGACCUUCAGUUCGGUGAACUAGUUCCCAACAAAACCAAAACCAAAUUGGUUGGUUGUUUGAUUGGAUUGUUUUUAAUAUUGCUUCCUUCAGGACUUUAAAUACCUUCUCCCUCAUUUUUAUAUUGCACAUCUCUCCCACAGCAGCAGCCCUGAAAAUUGGUCCAUUAAAGCUUCUUUAAAUCAUGUGUGUGAGAGAGUGUGAUAAUCUAAGGGGGAGAGGAAGCACUCAUUACAUCUUAAUGCUUAAAUGUUGUAUUUUAUAGACUCUUUGACUUGUAAAAAACUUACUAUCUAUCCUUCUGUAGGACCAAAAAAUCUAGAGCUUGAAAGAACCUCAGAAGAUAUCUAAUCCAAUACCAUUAUUUUACAAAUAAAGAAAUUGGGAUUUUGGGAGAUUGAGGUAGUUAAGUGCAAAUUUUUCAUUCUACAGUUAUACUUCAGUUACUCUUCUCAGUUACAUUAAUAGGGAUCAGACUUAGUGGUAAAUCUGGGGCAAUCUAAAAGUUAUCUAUAUUUUUUCUCCCCUGCUGUGAUUUUUAAUUUGCAUCUGUGUAAGUAGCUCAUAAAUGAUAUCUACCCACUCCAGACAAGGGCAGGAAUGUAAGGUGGUGCUGGUUGUUUCUUUCAGACUGCCCAUAGUAUUUCACUAGUUGGGUCCUUCAAAUUCUUCUGUAUGGCUCACAUGAACACAGAAUAUCUCACUCCUCCCACUGUUUCUUUUGGAAGAUGGUUAAGCUACUAAACUAACAAGAAGGUGGUUACCUUUUUAAAAUUCUGAUUAAGAUCCUAGACAGAAAGUCAAUUUUUUCCAAAAUUUUGGAAAGUCAAUUUUGGAAAACGGGCAGUACGAACUGUCACUACAAAAAGGAUGCAGAAUGGGUGAUUAGAUUGAGGUUCCCCAGUGAUAUUUAAUUAUUAACCAUAUGAUUGUAAUUUCUUGUUUUUUUUUCUUUUACAAAAUAAGAUGUGGGUAGACUGAGGGAGUAGGGUUGAAGGGGACUGAAUGGAUGAAGAAUCACCUUUGGCGCUAUAAAUAUAUGUUUACAUAUAAUUUCAAGUGCUAAACAAAGGUUAGGCAGUAGUAAUAUAUUAUUACUACAGUUAUUCCAGGGAGUUUUGGCUUCCCUCAUUUUAGCCUUUAGGGGACCUAAAUUCUUUCUCUCGGUGUGAGAUCAGUAUACCUUUUCAUCCUUCCUACUUUCUACUGGCAAGAUACUGACUGGUCAUUUGUGUUAUCAUGACAAAGUAGUGUCCUGCUUCCUAAAAAAGUCACAAGAACUUGUGAUAUUAGAAUAAUGUGGGUUCAGAUAUUUGCAAUUAAGCUCAAUAAUUCUUCUGCAUAAUAGUAAUAGUAAUAGUAAUAAUAAUGGCUGUUCUGAGUAAUAGAACAGCCAUUCCCAAAAAAUUACAGCUUCAUUUACCCUACCUCCAAUUCAUCAUUGAAGUUUUAAUGUCUACUCCAAAAGCUGUGAAUUACCAUCACAGAAGCAUGUCUUCACUCAGGGUGGGCAGAGUAGAUUUCUUGGAAGUAGAGAUCUUGUUUAACUGCUGAAAAAAAUUUUUUUAUUUGAUUGAGUUACAGCUUGACUGGCAUGAAUGAGUUGCUAUCCAUACCAUUGGUGACACUGCCUAUCAAAGUAAUAUUGAAAUUUUUGAAGCUGAGUAAGUAGAAGAAAUUUAAGUUAUUAAAACCAGAUGAAAGUGCUUGAGUGUUCAGGAACAUGAAUAACAUAAACUCCAUCAGAGGGCAGCUCAUGAAUUCUUGCUUACUAAAUAAGGCAAGUAUUUAUUGAGUACUGUUAUGUAUCCAAAUCUUUCUUCAGAUUGUAAAAAACAAUAUUCCAAAAGCUUCUGUAUGGAAUAUGCUGAACAUUGAUAUAGUUCAUGGUUUUGUUUUUAAAUAAUCCUCCAAAAAAGCCACUGGCAUUCAACAUGAAUUGUCCUGUUGCCAUGACAACCCUCCACUUGCUUUUUUUCCCUUUAGAAGCAAACUAGCCCUCCAUCCAUCAAUGAUAAAAACUAUGCCUUAUAAUUUUCUUUGCUCAAUUACUGAUAAUUAGGAUUUCAGCAUCCCCAAUAUAAAUUGAUAAUAUAAUUAGCUAGAUUGGGGUAGGGAGAGAAAAGUGAAGGCAAAACUUUAUUAAUUGACUGACUAAUGCUUUAUCCUUUUAAUUUUAUCUAUUGGGCCCUUGUCUCAGAUAGUUACUUAUUUGUUAGGGCUACAUGAACAAUUACUAAAUUCAAGAAUUAUUUUGUUCACAUUUAUAUUUUGAAAACUAAUUGCUUUUUUAAAUGAAGAUCAAAUGAAAAAAAUCAAGCAAGUGAAAGUAUUGGCUGAGCCUGAGUUCAUUGGAACUUAGAAGUCCAAACUGUGAAAUUCAAAUAUUUGCAUUUUCUCCUGGCCUCUGAGCCUUAAUAAAUGGACUUUUAUUUCUAACAAGUGGGUAGCCCUCACUUUAAUAAUAUAAAUAGGACAUUAGUUUAAUUAAUUUGCACAUUAAAGUUCUUUAAGAACUAUAUUAUGUCAACUUGCUAUAUCAUCAUUUCCCAUCCUCCUGCCUUCAGGAAGGAAAAAGCCCUACCUAAUUCUUUAAAGAGAUGAUUUGCAUUGGAAAUUGGCUUCGGGUCCUCUGUAUUCAGCUCAUUUUCACAGAUAUUUCUAGCCUAUCCAUUCUGAUUGUAAAUAUACUUCCUCUUCAAAUUCAGUGGUGCCCAUGAGCUACAUUUUAUUUUUGGACUUCCAAAUUCAGAUAUGGGAGAAAUAUCUCUUUUUUGAGUUCAUGUAGUGAGUAAUUGCUGCCAAAUAUCUAUUGGCAAAAUGUAGAAAUAGUGGAAGUGAAAACCUAAGUUUUAUUACUAUGCUUGACCAUAGGUUCAGGUCUCACAGAAAACAUGAACAGUCAUAAAGAUUCUGACAAAGCUUCUUAUAGAGUUGGCAAAAGUAUAUCAGAGUAACAGAGAAAUAACAAUCUUCUUAGGUCAUAAAAGUUAAAGAAAAGACAAAUCCAUAAACCCAUAAUUCUUUUAAUGUCAUAAAAAUUGAAGACUAAAGUAGAAUCACAAUCUCAUACAUGCCCAUAAGAAACAAGCUUCAUCAAACAAUAGAUAAAUCAGGUUACAGAAUAAACUACAUUUAGAGGAUUCACAAGUAGGCUAACUGAAAAAGUAGAGAAUUUAUAAAUCACCAAAGAGUAAGGAACAGUUGCACUUCUGCCUCUGAAUUCUUAUUUAAGAAAUGCUAAGGGUCAGGUGAGGUUAAUAUUAGGAUAGAUUUCUAUUUAGUUAACCAAAAUUUGCAGGAAGAAUGGCCUUGAGUCCCAAAUAAUAAAAAGGGAAUAAAAAAUUCCUCUGACAUUGGUUUACCCAAAACCAGUUUUUUUUUCAUGUGUUUCACAGUAUUAUAUAUCUUUCUAUUGACACCAUAAUGCCUAGCCAGUUGGGUCUUUAUGUUCCUAUUAUAUAAUUAUUACUGAAGGACAUUUAGCGAACACCAAAAGAUAGCAUGGCUAGUAGGAAAAGCACUGGACUAAAAUCAGAAGAUCUGAGUUCCAGUCCAAUCAUUUCUUUGAAAAAACUGACUAAGUUAUUCAUCUCUGUGAGUCCUAGUGUCCUCAGAGUUUAACCUAACCAGACUAUCUCUUUAUUGAAUCAUUUCUAGUUUUGUGAAAGUACUUUACUCAUAGCCAAACUAUAUCUGGGAUAUUUCACCCUAUCUUUGACUUGACAAAGUCUUCACAAAGUUUCUGGCUAACUCUUAGGAAAGAAAACCCAUUCAUCUUUGAAAUUUGAAAAGUUCAGAAAUAAUAGUCUUCUUAGGAUUUGAACUGAGGCAGAAUAAUGAACCCAUAGGGCUAUCAGAAUAGACUCAUCCCAUGGCCCUAGCCUCGGUUUUUUACCAUCUGUGUCUCCUAUAUACAUUCUGUGGCAUGGCAGGAAAAAUUUUGGCCUCCAGACUUAAAUCUCCAAAAAAAUAGAGAAACCUAGGCACCUCACAACCAUUUUUACUGUCACUCACCACUACACCUAUAAUUCUUGUAGAAAAUUCUCUAUGCUUCAAGAUUUCUCAGCAACCAUCCUUGUCUGUAUCUUACUCAAAAUAAUGGACAUAACCCCUUCUUUCCAAAUAAUGUUAUACUUUCAGACCUUAAUGAAAAGUGACCUCUGGGACAAAACCCUGAAAUAUCUCCAAAGGACAUUUGAUAUAUUCAGAAUCAGGGAGAACAGAGCACAGGGUAAGGGAGUCAGGUGAGUUCCAAGUUAGAAAUUUAGGACCUUUUCUACAAGGUCUAUCUUAAUUUUUGCCAGUUUCAGGACAUCCUCCCUCUAUCUAGUAUAUAUAGUGUGAACCAUCUCAUUCAAAUCACAGCAUAUGAAUAUAAGAGCAAAUAAUUCAGAUAAUGGAAUCAAAGCUCUCUUAUUAAGGAUUUUGGACUUGGAACAGUCUAUCUUUUCUGGAGCUUCUGUAGGGAGCUAUUUCUUGAGGGUUGGUCAUGAUAGACUAUUAUCUCCUUCUUGCUUAGUUGUCAUGUAAUAAAAAGAGUUAAGUUGUUCCUUGAACACUUUCAGUUCAAGGGAUCCUUCUUAUUACCAAGAUUGUGAAAUGAGGAAUUCAGAGAUAUAUGCUUCUAAAUUGGUUGAUGAUUGAGGAGUGAGAUGCCUAAGUAUGCCUUGGUGGAAGGUGGCCUACCUGGGGAUCUGGGGAUCUUGGGUUAUGAUCCAUCUCUGCUGAUAAUUUGCUAUUUUAUCUUGGAGCAAGUAAUUUCACCGAUGCCGGCACACUGGAACAUUUGAAGAGAUGGGCCCUUGUCUGGAAGUCUUGCAUCCUUUCAUAAUUUAAUUUUGUUUUACAAUACAUACCAUCCCAAUAUCUAGUAUCCACUGAUGCCAAGAAUCCUUCAUCUAAUGCUAGUGGUUUUGUCUGGAAAAUAAGUUCAGAUUGGAAGGUCUCUGGGGUUUUCCUUAGAACUUUAUGUAGUCCUCUUUCCCUUCAAUUCAUCACUACCACCAUCACUCCCAGUCUUUGAGAUCCUGAGAGGAAAUUUAGCUGCAGACAUUGGUGGGGGGGGCAAAGAAUUGAAAUAGGGGAAGAAAAGUCAGUAAACUGAGCAUUUAUAGCUGUUGGCAGGAGGCAAUUUCCCCAGAGUGCAACUCUUUCCCUUUUUCCCAAAUGAUUCUAUACCUUUCUCCCCCUCAAGAUUAAUGAUGGUUGGGAAGGUAGUCAUUCUGGAGACAUCAACAUAUUGCCUUCCAAUAUCAAAAUGGAAUUUUUUAACAAAACAAACUUGCUUGUUUGGUCCGUUUUCUGUAACUUUUGCUAAAUACUUUAUAUGUUUUUAAAGUUAAAAAGCUGUGUCUCCUGCCAAUAUUACUCAUUCUGGUAUGAAUGUGUUUACUUCACAUUCUAUAUCUUUCCAUCCUCUUUGGCUUCAUAGAUUGGUAAAUAUAAUUGAUGUAAUAUAAUUUAUAAGUAACACUGUUGAAAUUCUGAUCUCUUUGGAACCUGUAACCUGUUUUUACUUUCCAUAUUGGCAUUAAUGUGUAUUAAGGCUGAAGAAUUAAAUGUUUAAAGGGUUUUGAUUCUGAAUUUGUUAUAUAUAAUUGUUCUGUAUUAUUAUAAAGCAUUUUCAUGAACUUAAACUCUAUUUCUUUAUAUUUUUCUGCAAGUUGAUGUAUACACUUCAGAUGCUUAGUCAUUUCAUGUAAAAUAAACUGUACAGAGACACAUA